GAAUGUGGUGAUGGAAAAUGGGGCCUUGAAUGUAAUAGCACAUGUAACACAAAUUGUAGAACAUCCUGUGAUGUUGAGAAUGGCGCAUGCCCUGCCUGUAUUGGAUUCAGUAACCCACCACUUUGCAAAACAGGUGAACAAUUGUUUUUUUCUUGAAAUUUACUAAAGGAGUUGACAUUACAUUGAUAAUAAAAUGUAAUAAUAUUGAAUAGGUGUUUGUUGAUUUUAAAAAUCGUUUCAGCAUAUAUUUAAGGUAAACAGAAAGACGAUAUACAAGAGAAUGUUCAAAAUGUCAAUAGUGGCUGGUUGGAUCAAUAAUAGAACAGUAUUAACAAAACAAAAACAAAAAACUGAGUGAAAAAUUAAAUUGAAUUUAAAAGAGGCGUUUAAGCUUAAAUGAGGGCAGCCUUAUUUUAUUUAAAGCCGUUGAAAGGUCACUAUAAAGAAAAUUAACACAAUUGAAAUAUAACAUAUACGUUGUCCUCUUGGACAUACAAAUACUUCUCACAUAAACUCCAUUUGCUCAUUGAUUAAUAUCAAAGUCCGUGUUGUUUUAAAUGGUAAGCCUCUCUAUGAAUCACAUACUAGCGCUAAAGGUAUUUCACUCAACUGAUUUGCAUGAAAUAUAAAUACAGAGAUAUUCAAAUCACUAUAAAAUCAGUGCAGUUAAACGGGCUUAUUUGUCCCAGCUACAGCGUGAACUAGUCGCGUUGUGGAAGCCCACUGUGGAAUCCCUCUUAUAGGGCGUCCGACUCUUUCCCGGGAUGGGUGGGGGAAGAUAUUAGGACGAAAAAUUUUCCAUCCCAACUCCUGAGAAAGUCGAUCGAGUGCACUGUUUAAACGCAUAGUGUCGGAUCGACCGGGUGCCUCCUCGUUGGGGCAGCCCCCAGGCGGGGUCCUGGUCGAGCGCCCAGGCGCCAAGCCGGGGGACUUGGGUGGGGGGCCCGUGUGGGCGCCGUCCUGGCGAGUGGGCAUCUCCAACGUGCCGCUCCGCGGCCCGAUACGUCGGACCGGGGAGGGGUAAUUUGGGGGGGGGCGGCAUAAGAGUCUAGACUCGCCCCGCUGACGCCAUUUCUUAAUGUAACAUUUCUAACAGUUCUAAUUUGUUACGAUUACAAGUUUGUUUUUUUUUUUUUUAGAAAUGUUUUUUGCGCUUCUACCAUUAAAAACCCCAAAGUUAUUGGACUACAAAAGUUCUCAAACUUAUAAAUAUAUUUAAAUUGACUAUCGAGUUGUUUUAAAUGUCUUUUCUUUCAAAUGGGAAUAGGCCGUUUUAUAAUUGAGUCAGGGACAUAUUGUGUGGAGAGUCGAGACUUGAUAGCACACAAGCAAAGAGUCAAGGUAAAAAAAAAUUGUUGCUUGUCGCCAAGAGACCCUGAUAAGAUUGGAUCGACACAGUACGUACGUAAUGAAGGUCAGGGCAGCCUAGAAAAGUGCGUUUGGGGGGGGGGGGUCGGUGUAAAAACUAAGGAACGAGCUAUGGUGAACGAAGGACAUAGGAUCUAUGACAUCGAGAUGCGAUGCACACAAAUGUAGGUAGAGCUGGAAGGUUUUUUUGCGAAAUGGAGGGAGGAGAUGAAAAAUCUGGAGUUUUGGAAAUGAGGAAGGCAAUCUGUUGAGUGUAACGAACAAGAGCAAACGGUAAGGGUGAGGUCGCGAGUUGAAAUUUGAAGGCAGCGUGACUCAUGGUGUUGUAUAUUGAGUCGUGAAUGAAGAGACCACGUGCAUCUGAGGUUCUCUACAAGAUUAGGAAUUUCCUAAUGCAUCAUGUGUCCCUACUCUUGAUUACAAUGUUAUUAAGUAAAGGAAAGUCCAAACCUAUUUUCGCUUAAACGGUAUCAAAUGUCAUUAAAAAGGGUAUAUAUAUAUAUAUAUAUGAGAUCUCCAAAAGUUUAUACAUUGUGAACUGACAUACGUAUUAGUUCUGAUGAGUUGUUUUUUUUUUAAAAAUGGCUUAGAAAAUAUGAUAAGCAAACUAAAAGCUUCUCAUUAAUAAUGAAAUAGUAUAUGCAGUAGAGAGUUAUGUAUCCAAACCAAUUAAACCCAUGCUGUUUCGGAAAACGUUUUUUUUUUUUGGAUAAGCGAUCAAUCCAGCGGAAAAUUAAGACCAUCGGUGAACGCUCCUUCUGCUUCCAUGGGCCCACGUUCUGGAACCAGCUCCCCUUCCAUAUACGUCAUAGUGAAACCUCGUCCAUUUUCAAAAAGUCCCUUAAAACUCAUCUGUUUAGGUCCGCCUAUGACCUGUGAUGCACCCUCCUUGCCCUACCUCAUUUUCUGUUUCGGGUUGAUCCUGAAGUGUCAAAGUGUCCUCGUUUUAUAGCCAUUUUCAUUGUUUCUAUAGAAUAGUAGUUACUAUCCUAGUGUCUCAUUUGUAUUUACUUAGUUUACAUGUUUUAAUAAUUGUAAAGCGCUUAGAGCUUUAUGAUAAGCGCUAUAUAAAAAUGCCUAAAUAAAUAAAUAAAUAAAUAAAAUUGGCAAAGUGAAUGCAAUGAAUGCUAUCAACAUGUCCCUUAAUGUACACGCAUGUACAGAAUUAAAACCGGCGAAUAUAAUUAUUGUUGUAUGAAAAAAUAAAGUCGUUAUCAGAAAUAGAUGCCAGCGGCAUAGAAUGAAAACCCUGGACACAUUUUUCUUUGCAGGCGUAUAUCAUGCGAUAGGUACUAAAAUUAACGAUCCAGUUUGCAGAUCACAUUAUCUCAGUUUAGUUCAGUAUUUAAAUGGAUUUUACUUGUCCUGUUCAACAAGUGCAGUGCAAAAAAACAACAACAUCCAUACAUUUACUAUUAGCCCUUAAAAAGUUGACAUAAAAUUGCUUUUUUACGUUAAAGCCUUAGGAUAUCCGUAAAAGAAGAGUACGUUAAAAAACAAACGUUUAAAAGAGAACCAAAAUGCAUAAUCCCGAAGUUUGUGAUGUCUUCUUGAAAUUAAAUAUACGAUACGCGUCAAAACGGACACCCCUGAAAGUCCCGAAUCUGUUCCGCAUACAUGUGUUUGUAAGCGUUGCAAAGCAUCAGCUGUCGCAUGCUCCAAGUAGAUAAAGUGAAGAUAUAUUUGACGUUUGUAGUUCAAAAUUAGCUUCUCGACGUAGAACAAAUCAUUUAUAUUUUGCCACAAUUUUUGCUCAUUACUUCCGCUAGUGGGUACCGAGUAUGAAGACUUUGGCAGAAAAAAAAAAUUCAAGAUAGAUCUAAUAAGACAGCUCCAAGUCACACAGUUGCGCUGUUCUAGAAGUGUACAGUGUCAAUGGAGAUGGGAAGUCUGGUCAACCUGUAAGUUCUUAGAUAAAUGAGAAUCAGCAACGCAGUCUCUGGCCGUUGCAUAAUUCGAUACUCUUACUAACAUACGAAAAUACGCAUUUAUUGUCCGAGAGUUUCGGCACUGCAAUUUUGGGCGCAUAAUGUAUUUAGUAUCCCACAGAUAUUCUCAAAAUAACAAGAGGCUCGGUUACUUAUUCGCUAAAUCCCUAGCAAAUAAUUUUUUAAUGAAUUCGAUAGAGAUGAAUGUUAUAGAAAACGUUAAGAUAUCUUAGCAUGAUCUGCGAGCUUAAUAAAAAUAGGACUCAUCUUAGGAAUCACAGAACAAAUCGACAUAAAAUAUUUUGUUUUAGUUCCAUAACCCACAAUUCCCUUUAUUAGUAUUUCAUUGAAUUCUUGCCAACCACAAACGUUUCUUCUGUUUUUCUCUCCUGAUGCACAUUUAAAAAAACAAGGGAAUUUUCCGUUGGGGGGAUAUUCUGUUUGGAAGGUUUUUAUAUGAACCGUAUGUGAUCUUUUAGUGAGGACUAACAGUCAUCGGCAUAUUCCUGGAGGGAAAAAUAAAUCAUUUACUCAAAAUAAAAAAUAAAAAAUAAACACAUUACUUAACAUGUCUGUAAUGUUUAAAAUGUAAGAAUUCGUUAAUUAUCUACUCGGAUAAUUUUAUUCUGUUCGACUUUAUCUUUGUUUGUCUUGAUGAAAGAUUUUAAUUAAAUUUACUUGGCUUUGUUACAUUAUUUUUAUCUCCAUACAAUAUAGUAUCAACUCGUUGGGGCUAAUUAAAAAUCUUUAUGAAUUUUUCUAAUAACGUGUUAAAACUCAGUCCCUUAUACGACCACAUACUUGCUGGCGAAAAUAAUAAUCAACUUUAAGUUUGUUUUCCCUCCGUCGAGCGAACCAGUUUCGAACACUAAAUCCCCAACAUAUCUUCCUUUUAACCUAAUGAGGCUUAAGAUAAGAAUGCUUACAAAAAGCACACUCGCGUUCAAGAUGUAUCAGUUUCAAUACUUUUUUCUUUUGGUUCAUAAUGUAUAUAUAAUUAAUUGUAUAUCUACACUGUCUUCUGCUUAUCACACCUCAUAACAUCUACCUAUCUAUAUCUAUCUAUUACAACAAUACAAUUCUGCAUAUGGCUGGUAAGCUGACUUAACCUUAAGAUCAACCUGAGAUACAUCCUAUCACUUUUCGCUACUACAAAAAUACAUGUACUUCUAACACUAUCCAACAGCUCUCCUAGAAAUCUUAACACCAACACCUUGAUAUAUUUGACCGCGCCUAAUCACAACAUGACUUGUAUUUCACUUCCUCGUAAUGAUCGUUCUAUAAUUGUGACUACAGUUAUGGUUAAAAGCGCAAUGAAAUUGACCUCGGUGGUUUUAAUUCCCUAAAAAAGGGUGGCAAUCACAUUUUACAUUUAGAAAAUCGUAUCUAAUUUCAAUUUUCAGCCUGUGAAUCUAGAAAAUGGGGCCUAAACUGCAGCCGAAAUUGCAGCACAAACUGUUAUAACCAAUCUUGUAACAUUUGGACUGGUGUUUGUAAUAAAAGUUGUAAUGGAUAUUCCAAUCCACCAGAAUGUACAACAGGUGAGUCAAAAUUUCUUAUUUACUAAUUUUCUUAAAGCAUUCUUAUAUACAAAAGAAAAAUAAUUUCACCACUAGCAAAAGAAAAUGGAAUUUUUUACUAUAAAGUUUAGUACAUCCUGUGGCGAUGUACACCGUGCAAUCAGUCUUGAAAUGGGUUUCAUUUCACUGCUUAGAUCAACUGCAUCAAUAUCUUUGGAGUCUCCAUGUUGCAAAGCUUUCUCAAUAUUCAAGCAAUGUUCCAUAACUUCAUUGCCAGUUUUAUUCUGCAAAUUGUGAACAUCAUAGGGGAAACCAAACACCAAACUAAUUUGUUUCAUCAGAGUGAAUCUUUCUUUAACCAAUAAUUGUAAUGCUAUGUCAUGAACAGCGAAGUAAAAGUUUACUUUGAAUUUGUCUUUUGGAUCCUAAAUAGGUUUGUUGUCAUCUCCUUCGGAUGCAAAUUGUUUCUUCUUUCUUCUGAUACGGGUUGGUUCUGGUUCCAAAAGUGCUGGUAUCUCUAAAUUGACUGAAAUUUCAGCUGCACUUACCAGUGUUUUCUCAAACUCCGUCUCAUUUUCUCGUUUUACGAGAAACUUUUUUCUCUCAUCCAGAUGAUUGAUGGCGUCAUCCAAAUCUAAUUCUUUUGCCUAAAGUUGUUUUCUAGUCAUGUUGAUCUCAAAUAACACCUCAUGCCACACAACCAGAAAAAACGACAUGGCUUUUGCAAUAUCCCAUGCACCUAUUAGUGAUGUAUUACUAGAUGAUCCUGUUAAAUUUGUGUCAUCCGCUAGCUCUGACAGAGCAUCGUUGAUUUCAUUAAGCUGAUAACGAAGAGGUUUCAAAGCAUCAAUUCGACUUUCCCAUCUUGUUUCACUAAGUGGUUUAACAGUCAUAUUAGAAACAUGUCGAUUUAAAACUUCCCAAAGACGAGUUCAUGCAGAAAAGAAUACAUAAACAAGUUGCACUAGAUCAAAGAAGGCUGUUGCUUCAAGGCAACAUUUUGCAGCAUCAUUAACAGCCAAAAUCAAGGUAUGUGCACAGCAGGGAACAAACAAUGCUCGGGGAUUGACAUCUAAAAUGUUUCCUUGGACAUCAUUGUCUUUUCCCUUCAUAUUGCUGCCAUUGUCAUAUCCUUGACCGCAUAAAUUUCGAUAGACAAAGAUAUCUCUUCUCAUAACCGAAGAAUAGUUUCAGUCAAACCAGUACCAGUCGUCUCCUUUAGAUGCACAAAACCCAAGCAAUUUUUUCUUUAUAGAUGCUGCUUCUCCUGCAAUCUCAUUUUCUGGAUUUGAAAUCACAUCCACAAAGCGAAUGAUCAUGGUCAUCUGUUCAACAUGACCAGCAUCUGGUGUGCAAUCUAAAAUUAUUGAAAAGUAUUUAGCAUCAUGAGCAGAUGCUAGAAUUUUGUAUUUGAUUGCAUUGAAUAAAAGCUGAAAAAGUUCAUUCUGUAUGUCUUUGCCUAGAUAAUAUAUAUGUGUCUCAUUGUCUCUAAAUUUUCGAAGAUGCUCAUCCAUAAGUGGGUCAAACAAAGCUAGAAAUUCCGCAAAUUUCAGGAAGUUCCCGUUAUCAGAAGUGUUCCGUUUCUCAUGUGUUCCACGAAAAGUAAGAUUUUGCAUACCAAGAACUCAAACUAAAGCAAUCAGCCGUUUCAAGAUUUGCUGCCAAUACUGUUCUUCUUUUUUAAUGAGACGCAAAUGUUCGGCAUCAGUUGUUUUCAUGUGUCGCAGUCGCAACUCAAGUUCAUUCCAUGAAUGAAAAUUCACUAGAUGUUCACUGCUUUUCUCAUGUCCUGAUAGAGUUGCGGACAUGUUUUUCCAAUCAUGUGAACCUUUAUCAGAAAGAGAUGACGCACCUGUUGUGCUGGUAAACACUUGCAGCAGAAACAAUAAACAUAGUCAUUGCAUACAGAAUACUGCAGCCAAUGUUUGCGAAUUUCUCUCCAUUGACAAGCCUGAGGUUGUAAUGAAUUUUUUAGAAUUCUCUUUGAUUACUGUCUUUAGGAAAAUCAAAAUGCUCAACUUGUUCUGGUCCAUGGUAUAUCAACAUGUGUCAUAUAUGAUCAUCAAAUUCGGUCCAAGUGGCAGGAUCGCCAUAGUUAACAUAUUGUUAAAACUAUCGAUUUUAUGCACUUCAGAUUUAGUUAUUUGGUGCGUAUUGUGCAUUUCAUUUUGUGCUUCAAACUCCUCUGAUUCCUUCAUCUCCUCGGAUUCCACCGCUUCCUUGUCUGCUUCGGCUUGAUUGCUUAAUUUAUCUGGACCGCCUUCGUCUCUGUGCGGUGUACAUAGAUACUUUAAAAACCAGUCUCCUUGUUUUUGUUUUUUUAACGUAUUUUUCAUUUUCAGCCCGACGUUUACGAUGCUAUGCGUCAGGCAAUCGUUUUCUCUCUGCCAUGGGGAUUGAAAUAACGACGGAAACUGCAAAAUAAAAUGUUAUUAUGGUUUUCUAUUUUGCUAUAUUUUUAAUUCCUUUUUGUAAAUUAAAAAAUUGAACUUUACACAUACAAGUUAAAAUAUCUAAAUCAAAUGAUUUAAAUAUAACGUUGUACACAAAUCAAACUAAAUAUCUUACGCCCCUGAUUACACACAGCUCAGCCUAUGCGCCUGGGUUAAAAAGGGUAACCAGGAUCCUCUAAGUGAGGCUGGCGUCGGGGAGGGGCAUCCGGCCGUAAAAACAAAUCGCUCCAAAACUCAAUUGAGCUGCAACACUCGUCAGAGUUAAUGCACUCAUUUGUUCUAGUAUGUCCUUCCCAUGCCGAGCGUUGAAACAAAGGAUUUUAAACAGUAAAACAAAGAAGAAGAAGAAAUGUUACCUAAAGUAUUUAAGUAGCCUGUCGACGAUAAUCAAAUUUAAAUUAUUUAUUUUAUUUUCAAUAUUGAGGUCAUUUCAAAAUGAAAUGACGUCACUGGAUCUGGCGGUAUUAGCCCGUUACGUAAGGAAGUAAAUUACUGAUCCAAUUUAUAAUAUGCAAUUCGUUUCAUUCGUUUCAAUACAACAGCAAAUAUUAAUGUAAAAAAACUACGCAAUUUAAUUCAAUGUCUAAAUGACGGUGUCACUCCACUAAACAAAUUAUUCAGUCCUUUAUUACUAAAGGGCGGUAAGAUUUUUAUAUUUAUAUUUUUUACAUUGGUCAUAGUGCCGCACAGCCACCCCAUAAAUUUUCCGCCUAGUUCGCUUAGUGGUUAAACCGGGCCUGCCCCCCCCCCCUCCGGGGGAAAAUGUGUAAGAAAAAAUAAUUUUUUAAUAAAACUGUACAUAUUUUUUUUUUCAUUAACUUUUUUAUAACAUUUUAAAUAUAAUAUAAAUGUGUGCCUUUCGUAUAUUACAAUUAAUGAAACCAAUCAAAUAUCGCUUUGUUCAAUAUAUAUUGAUGAACCAUAUCGUUAAGGUUAAUCGUGUUACAUGCUCACAGAAUUCGAUUAUAAAUAUUGUAUUGUUUUGAAAAUUGGCCGUUCCUGACAAUAGCCAUUAUUGCACUUUUCUUAUUCGCAUGUAUCGGUAUUUGUAUCUAUUUAUAUUUCUCAGCUGCACAAGUUGAACGACUUUCAUAACACUGUAUUAAACUACCUUUACAUCGAUAUAAAUCUCUAUAAAUCGAAUAUAGUUAUUACUAAGUUUUUAACAUGUGCAAUAUGUUUUUAAAAUCAUAUUUCAUCAUAAAAGCAUGACUGUUAAAGUAGAGAUGAGUGUUAAUUAUAAAAUGUAUAUUGGGAUCUUGCUUUUUUUUUAAAAAAUCGUUUUAGCUAACAUUUUAAUGUUGUAGAUUCCAUACAUAUAUAUUGAGUUAGAAAAAAUGAAAACUUAAAAAAAAAAAAAACACUCAUAAAAAUGAUAAUUUAAAACAAAAAAUUAGAAGGCAUUUAGCGGUUGGAUACAAAUAGUGGACAAUUACUUUAUUAUUAGUAAAUCGAGUGUUUUCUAAUUUUGUAACACAGAGUAAAAGGAUUUAAAAAAAAAAUACUUAGCCUUUAUUUAUUAAAUCCCAAACGACUUUUCUCUGUUCAAUUUGAGAAUUAUAAACAAUCUUCCACAGCUUUUUGAACAAUUUUUUUAAAAAUUCAUUUUUAAAUGAUAAUCAAGUAGAAAUAAUAAUAUUUAAAUAAAGUAUUUUUAAAGAAAAUGUAGCUUUAAGAUUAUCUUGGAAAUUUUGUAGUAGUUAAAAAAAAAUUAUAUGGAAUAAGUAAAAAAAUUGUUUUAAAGUAUAAUAUCCAAGAGGCAAGUUGUAAUUGAUCUGAAGCAAAUUAUACUAGCUUGAAUAUCCACAUUAACAUUUCAAUCAACUGAAUCUUGAGAAUUUUAACUUUAUUUUUAUACGAUUUCUUUCACAAAAAACAAACAAAAAACAUGCACAAUAUGAUUUCUUUUGUAAACAAGUGGUGUCUUCUUAAAAAAAAUUUUGUCGGUUACAUAAGAUUUAUAAAUGAUAACCAAUUUUUAAAACCCAUAAAAAUGUUUGCCCUUUCUACAGAAAAACUUUUUUUUCUUUAUUUACUUUGGUAAAACUUGGAAAUAUUUAGAAAUAAACGUAUGUUUGGGGGUUUUCUUUUUCGUUCAAAAUGUAAAACUAUUAUAGCAUUUCAUUUUUGUGAUGGACACCCUUUUUUGUAAGGAAUUCUUUUUUAAACUUAAAAAAUAUUUUACAGUAAAUCUAUUAUUUUUUUAACAUAUUUUAAACAUAAAUAUUUUUAAAUAAAAACUUUAAAAAACACUUUACUUUUCAAAAAAAAAAAAACAUAUAUAUAUUUGUAUAACAUACUUAGUCAAGCAGAGUCGUAGCUAGACCUUUUGUCUUACCCCUGUCAAUUUUUGGAUCUGUCCUUUCUUACCUAGCAGUAAAAGUUGAUUAUUGUAAGAAAUUACAGCACAACUUUAAGCCCCCAAAAUAUGCGAGGCCCUAUGCAGCUAUACGGGUCGCAGACUUCACACGAUCGCUCCGAGGUCAAGUUAAACCUUUAACCAGUAUCUCUUCCGUUGCUCUCCAGUUAAAAACUAUAUUUAACUAUGUACAAAAAUGCAUUUUUGCAUUUUGAAUACUACAAACUUUUCCGGGGCCGAUAAAGUUUUCAAGGGUGAAAGGGAGUAUCUCUCGACCAAAAAAAAAAAGCAUAGUCUUAGUGCUUUCAACUGGAAUGAAUUUAGUUAAUAUUUGGCUGGUGGAAGAGUUAGUGAUUUCCUAUUAUUAUGGCUAUUUCUAGCGUUCCCACACAAAACUCUGAACUGCCUACUUCAGUGGCACUUAAUCCCAUGUAGGGCUUUGGCCUGCUCCUCCAUAUUCUUCCAUUUGCAUCGAUCCAUCACUUCCCACCUCCAUGAACAAACCCCCAUGCGUUGUAAGUCCUUCUCUGCAUCGUGAAUCCAUCUCAGUCUUGGUCGACCGGUGAGCCGUCUGCCCCUAGGUUUCUGCAUGUAGAUCGUUUUUGCUGCUUCAGAAUCUGGCCUCCUUUCAAUGUGUCCUGUCCAGGGCAGUCUGCCUUUUUUAUUGUUUGGGAUGGGUAUUUGUAAAAUUGAUAUUGCUUUUGGUUGGAAUGUAUUCCUAAAACAAAGCUGAAAGUCAUCGAGUCAUAUAUUGAGCAGGUUCUCUGCUUUUCUGGUAGGAACCAAGUUUCACUUGCUUAAGUUACUACUGGUCUUAUGAUGGUGGUGCAUAUUGCCUCUUGUUCCCCUAGAGAUGUUUUUGCUUCGUAGCAGCUUUUGUAAGUUGAAAUAAUAAUAAUACUAAUUGGACUUAUAUGGCGCGGUACCCCAGCCUAGGGCUGGGCUCACCGCACGGUACAUAAACAUAUUAGCAAAAGAGACAUAAUCAUGACAUUAAAAUAAACUACAUCUAUGAAAUAAUGAACAGCGUGUUAACACAAACAACAAAAAUAAAUCUAUAUUCACCCACCCCACCCCAGGACGUUUACAUGUCAAGCCAUGGACGGCAGCCACCAGGAUUGUUUUCUUUGAAAUAAUAACGGUUGAAUGCUGUUUUCCUUUCUUUCACCUCCGAUUGUAUUCCCUUUUGCUUAUUUAUAGUGAACCCGAGAUAUUUGAAAGUAACUACUCUCUCAAAGGUGUGGUUGUUCAUAUAUAUUGAUGUUGUCAUCAGUGUGCAUAGUUCCUGACAUUAUCUUAUAAUAUAUUGCCUUCGCUUUAUUUACAUCAAGACAAGCUUUGACCAUGAUAUCUUCAAGUUCCCUAAAAGCUUUAAUUAUAUCAUUGCUGUUUCUACAAAGUUGCGCUAUAUCGUCUGUGUAUACCAGGUACUGCAGGGGCUGGCUUUAUAAAGUUCCUUAUGGUUGUUCUGUACUACCUCUCUGGUGCUCACACGUAUGUUUCUAACGUGAUGCUGAAAAGGAUGCAUGGAUUUCCUUGUCUGAGGCCAUGAUUAAUUGGGCUCUCUCUAGAGUAGCCUAUCUGUGCUUUGAUUCUACUUUUGGAUUUAUCCAUUGACAUAUGUAUGAGUCGGAUUAGUUUGUUAAGGACUCCAAGUUCCAGGAGAGCAUCGUACCGGUAUUUUCGUAUAUGCAAAAAUAAGUUGAUUUGUAGUCCACAUAUAUUUGGUGUAUGUUGAUGUUGUAUUCUUAGCAUUUCUCCACGAGACAUCUAAUAGUAAAUAAAUGAAAAUCUGACAUGCCCCUUUACACAUUGUCCGAAAGAUACCUUGAAUUUGCAUCGCAAUGUACUUUGAAUUUAUUAUUGUUAAAUUUAGGGGACCUCUGCCCUCAUUUUUGCUUAAGACUCUUCAGAUUCCUCAAUUUCUGCUACUUCCUUCCUUGACGUCGAUCAAUGUGACUUAAAUCUAAUCUUGUUUCAAAUGAUUAUCUUGGGUGCAGCACAACCAAAUUGAAUUUAGUUUAUGUAUGGCAAUGGGCCUCCACUGAUGCUAGAAAAAUUAUUUUCCCUGAUCAAUAAUAGUAUUUUGGAGUAAAUCAUGUAUACUCCAAAAUUCACCUAUUGAUUGUCAAACAAUCACAAAUUUUCUUGUUAGGAUUGUGGUGCUCGAUUUCCGCCAUACUUCCCGAUAAAAAUGGCAGUGUAUUGCUUGCCCUGACAACCAAGUUUGGUGCUGAUAUAUACACUGCCCAGCGGCUUGCCUAGCUUUUGCGCAUCUCUCUGUAGAUUAGCUUUUUUGCCGCUAUACUUUUCUCGAUAGAAACCAUGCAGUUGUCCGAAGAUCCCGCCGCUCAAUGUAAAGAAAAAAUUAAAAACUGACACGGGAAGACCAAAUAUUGCCCCCCCCCUCUACGUCACUGCGUGAGUCUUUGGUGCCAGGGGACAAGCAGGGCUGGCCUUAGGCCACUGCAACCUAUGCGGCCGCAGUGGGCCCCGCACUUCCAUAGGCCCCACUUUCUAAUACUGAAUCUUAAUUUUCACUUAUUAUCCUCAUCCCUACCUAGAGUGAGCCCCACGCAAUCCGUUUCGCAGAGGGCCCGCAAUUGUUAGUGCCGCCCUUGUGGACAAGAUUCAUUUUUACUACCCCCUCCCCCGUUGAACUCUGAAACCCAUUAUUUUCAUCCAUUAACACUAUAGCCGUAUAGCCCAAUAGCUGUCCCCGCUAGUCUGGCACCCGGGGACAUAUGUCUCCUACGCCCACCUAAGCUACGCCUCUUUCCACUGGCACUUCCCCCCCCCAAAAAAAAAAAAACUUAAGUGCCCCCCCCCCCCCCGGGGAAAUUUUCUGAUAGAAAUUAUUAAGAGUAGGCGUAAAGCACAGACAUAUACAAAGCUAGGAAAAAAGGAAAGGAAGUGAGUGGAAGUAACAUUUAAAAUAAAUCAAAUAGGAAAAAGAUAUGGCAGCUAUGUAAAAUUGUGGAUUUGGUUUAUACCGUAUGGCAGUGGUUCCCAAACUUUUAAAGUUUGGCGGACCGGUGAACAAGUUUCGAAAUUUUACCAGGGAUCGGUGCAUGAUUUAUUUUAUACUUUUAUUUCUAUUUGACAAUACAUAUUUUUGUUAUGGGGACCAACAGCGUUAUGCAUGCGGACCGGUGAAGGUCACGGACCGCCACUUGGUGACCACUGCCGUAUGGAGUUAAAGCACAAAUAAAUCUUAUUAUUUUAAUAUAAAUCUUAUCCGAUGUAUUACUUGUGUGGAAGAAACCGAAAACUGCAUUGUUUAAUACUAUCGAAAUGUUUGGAAUCUGGACAAAUGGCUUCUUUUUUAAUGGAAUAGAGCCACUUGUUUUAAUUCACGCUUUUUAUUUUAAUUGUAUAGCCCUGUGUAGGCAUUCCCUGAUUAUGCCAUUUUGCAAUCUAUAAAAGAUUUUAAAUAAUUGUCAAAUUCAUGACGGGAUCUCAUUAAUUUUUUUAAAAUGUUAUCACAAAGAUGUUAUAAAAUAAUUCAGAAUGCAGUCCUACAAAAUGGGGUCUCAAUUGUAACAAUAGGUGUAAUGGGAGCUGUUACAAUAUGCUAUGUGAUCGACAGAGUGGCAUUUGUAGCCAGGGCUGUAAUGGAUACAGCGACCCACCAAAUUGCACCACAGGUAAAGUUUCGUAAUGUCACAUCGUAAUUAAUGGUGUGAGUUCUCAUAAAGAAAUGAAACGCCUUUAUGAGCAUUUUUUAGGCUUCCAUGCUUCUCUUUCCAUUAUUAUAUUUUUUUUAAUUAAUCCAUCUACAAAACUAUGAAAACCUGUGAAUGUAAAUAAUUAAUUUUAAAUAGUAAACAUUUAUUUGUGUCUAGAGUGUACAACGGGAACGUGGGGUAGAGAUUGCAAAUCUCCAUGCAGUACACAUUGUAGUAACACAUCUUGUGACCGAAAAAGUGGAGUCUGUAAUCAAGGUUGCAACGGAUAUGACAACUUCCCUGACUGCAACAAAAGUAGGUAGCGACUUUAAUGAACCCAAAAACGUUAAUUUUGUUGGUGCUAAAUGUUUGUGUUAUACACAAGCAAAAAUAUUAAUUUUAAUGUGUUACGAUUAACUAUUGUGCCUAUUUAAACCUAAUGCUAGACAUGUUUUUUGCAUGGCAUGUAGCAGGAAAAUAUCAACGACUAUACUAGGGUAUAGAAAACAUUUAAUUAUUGCAUGACAAUUCACGGAAACACGGAAGGAACUGAUUUAACGCCCAUUAAAUUUUUAAACUUAUCAAACAUUUUUUUAAAAUUGUUUAAAAGUAUAGUUCAUCAAGACCCAUUGAGUAAGUAGAGUUUAUACGUCCGGGAAGGACCUUGAUUGUCCAAUCCCUAAACCACACUGUAUAAAGAAUAAACUACAAACGGAAAGUAAGCUAUAUAAAGUAAAUGAAGUGGUCCAAAAAUGCCGCCCUAAAAUAGGCCUUGUGUAUGUGCGAUGCUUCAUUUCAAAUCUACAACGAAGAAUAUUAGACAACUCGUUUUCUUCCGUUGAGAAAUUAUAUUAUAUCUUAUAUAUAUAUAUAUAUAUAUAUAUAUAUGUAUUGCUUCUGGUGCGUCUUGCUUCCGUUUCACAACUGCCCCCGUCCCAGAAACUCCACAUGUAAUAUAUUAGUAGUAUUUAGUGGGGAAAAGGCAGUCACACCAAGCUUUCAUGCGUGACGUCUGAACUCUGGUGAACAGGUUGAUUUUUUUUAUUGGAGGCAACUAUUAUAUCAAUUAAUAAAGAGGCAACGGUAUUGUGUAGGAAUACCUGGAGGACUGUAUGUGGGAAUGUGUUUAAAAGCCGACAGGUAGGGUGUAGAAAUGUUUGUAAGCCUAUAGUUGGCAUAUAUCAUAGAAAUGAUACGUUAGCACACAUUUUUUAAGUCCUGGACCCACUGGGUAUUUUCUUAACAUACCUUUAAGAAAUGGACCAGGUUAAGAUCUAGUUUGUAAUAUUAUUACCACCCUUUCUAUAGCAUGUGUGUUGACCUAGUUUUGUUCACCCUGCGUGGUGUCGAGCCGUGGUAUGCAACCUUAUCCCCCCUUGUUUUUGUUCCUUACGUCACCAAGUACUUUGUUCCCAGGUGCUGCCAAUCUCCCCCCCCCCAAUCAAUCCCCCUAAUCCACCUUAAGUUUGGAACCAGAGCUUUUUCUCUAGAAUUUUUUUUCAUCCAGCAUGGUGUCGAGCUUUCACGUGUUUUGGUUUUUUUUGUGGGGGUGGGGGGCGUGGGGAGGAGGAAGCGCAGGUCUACGUAUUUUUACAAAGCGUGAUUUAAGGAUGGUAAAGGUAAUCUAUUUUGACUUCUUUGCUUUCGCACGAUAUAAAUGUCUCUUAACCACAUAUUUAAUUGCCUUUUUUGAGUUCUUUCAUGGUUUUUCCUGUUGUUGGUAUUAACAUACUAGCAUUGUUUUUCUGGUGAUUUCAUAAAUGAAACCGUGAGAUUAUGGAGGAGGUGACUACAAAUAUGUGACGGCGUGUUCUUGGGGGUUUAAAAAUUGCCUAUAUCUUCCUCAACAAUUUUCCCGCCUCUGUAACUCUUAUUACUACUUCCCCCUUCAAACUAGGAUGCAGGGAUGGCGCAUAUGGAAUCAACUGCUCCAAAACGUGUUCUUCCAAUUGUACAAAUAGCACAUGUGAUUCACUUCUGGGAUUCUGCGUGUCUUGUAUUAAUUAUCAUAAAGGAAAUUUCUGUGAAGGUAAAGAAACAAUGAACGACUAGAAUAGUUAUAGAGACAUUUGGAAUGAAUUGGAGAAAUAUCUUUUGACCAUCUUCCAUUCAAUUUUAAUAGGCUUAAAAAAAGCAAAACCAUAAAUAUAUUUUACAAAGGUGAAGCUUCAAAGAAUCUCAAUGUGAAAAUAAAAGAAAACUUUGCAAAAGGGAUUUUAAAAGAAAAAUAAACGAAAUCUGUCUCCUGCUAUUUAUUUAACAUCAAUAAAAAGACCCAUCUUUAAGCCGUAGUAAUUUUGUUCUUGAAAUAACAUUAACAUGCCGACAUGCUUCAGUCACAACUUCUCUGAUUUAGGUUUAAUCUAAUUUGAUUAUGGCACUUCUAUUUUUGUUUUUGACUAAGAUGAUAAGAAUUUUUGUAUAUUCUAUUUUAAUUAUUAUUGAUUAUGCUUUCAUUCAUUUUCGAUUAAAAAUGUAUAAUCAGGGUCUAAUAUUUUUUAUACAUAAUUUAAAUGAGGUGCCAUAAAAGAAAGAGACAUGUUUUUAACAUUUUAUUUAAAGCCUUUCAGUAAAUAUGUAUAUAAGAAUGAGCUAUAGUGACAUAACGCCAAAGAAACGAUAUGAUUUAAGUGUGUUUGAAUUAUUAAAAACAUCAUAGUUAUUUUCUGUUAUUUUGCGGAAAUCGAAUAAACUAUCAUGAGAAUAAAUAUUAUAUAUCCGCUUUUAUUUUAUUGAAAGUUUAAUUACUAUUAUUAUAAAACAUAAAUACCUUCAAAGUAACAACUAAGAAACUGUUUUUAGCAUUUUAUCAAAAUUUAAAGUUAUGAAAAAAAAAUUCAUCAAAAAUUUAAAAUCUAAGAAUUACAUCGUAAUCAAAUUUAUGGGAAAACUCAAAUAUCUGUCGUUUUUAGUGCGUUUUUAGUUUCUCUUGAGUUUCUUUAUUUAAUCACCGCGCGUAACAAAAUUAAUAAUGUAUUUCCCAAUUUUUAAAAGUAAAAUUAAUAACAAUAAUUGACUGCUUUUUAAAUUGUUAAUAAAACCUACACAAAUUUGAGCUUUGUAUAUUUAAUUUUAAUAAGUUUUUACUUUUUUAAUUUCCAAAAAUAUGACGUAAUAAAAACGUUACCUUUAAAUUUACUUUUAAUAAGAAAAUGCCGUUUAAAUCAAUUAGCCAUGCAAAAGUCCAAAGCAAAAAUGCAUUUAGUAAACCCACUUAUAACUCAUACCAAUAAUAACACAUGCAAAAUGUGUUCGUUUGGGUAUGAAAUGGCCUAAAAUCCAAUGGAAGUUUUUAUUAAUUUUAUUUAAAUCUGGGGAAGGGCUUGGUCAUUUGCUCCAUGCAGCACAAGAUACAUUUACAAAUAACGGCAUGAGUUUGACAAAUAAUUAGCCUUCUUGGGUAGGAAAGGAGGUAGGAAAUAGGAUGUGUACAUUUUGACAUGGAUGAAAAUAUAUUUAAAUCCUAUGGUAUUACAUUUGAGAAAAAAUAAAUUUUACUUUCACUUUUUUUACAAAUAAACAUAUGAUUACCAAAUAAGAAAAUCAAUGGCGUUAACCAAACGAUGGUACCCAUGAAUAUCAGGACCCAAUAAUUUUACACACUUGAAAAUUUAAUUUUGAAAAAUGGAAAUGGGUUUUUAUUAUCAUUCAAAAAAUUUAAAUAUAUUACGAAAAGUAUUAAUUGGGUGUUUAUUUUUAUGAAAUAACAUUGAAAGAAACAACAUAUUUUCAAGUGUGAUAUAUACGUGAAAGACGGUUGCAAGAUUCUUCUUUAGAAAAAAUUGUUUUUUUUUCUUUUACGAUUUUUUGAUCAUGUAUAAUUUUCAAAAAAAACAAGGCAAAAGAUGUUUUACAUUUUUAUGAUGAUAUCAAUCUAUCAAAUUCCUUUUACAUAAAAUAUGUUUAUAUAAAAGAUAGAGUUUUUUUGUUGAAAAUUUAAGAUUAUGUUUUUUUAAAUAUUUUGGAGAAAAAAAUGUUGUAGUUCAAGGGCAUGAAAAGUGGUAAAUCUACAGUAUUUCUCUAGCGUAGAAAUCACCCCUCAAUUUUUUUUUUCUUUAGUGUAAAAAAGGAAUAUAAUUAAUUAUGAUUUGGAUUGGGAAAUUUAAGGUCAUGUGUAGAGGAAAAAAAAAAGUAGUUUAGGGCGUAAAAGAGCGUAGGGUAUGCGUAUAGUAUAAUACAUAGCAGAUAAAUACUUCUCAAAACUAAAUGAUGCUAGAAACAUAAAUAUCAUUACAUAGAUGUUUUUUUUAAAGUUAGGAAUUGUACUGAGUUUUUGCAAUAGCGGGUAGUAAUUAUCGCUAAGAACAUACCACUAUUAACCCGAUAACAUUGGGUCAUAUAUUCUAGUCUAUGAGAAGACGACAUUUAAAUAGUGCAUUGAACAUUUUUUUUAUAUUUUUGUGACAACGGUACCUGGUGUUAGAUUUUAAACUAAUCAAAAUAAAGAGUGCGAUCUUAUCUUAAGACUUACAAGUUAAGUUAUGAAUUUAUUAUAUAUAUAUGUUUUUAUUUUGAUUUCCCAAUUAAUCCGUAAGUACCUAAGUUAAUAAAAACUAAGCUUUUUAUUUUUUUACCCCUGCAGUUAUUAUCGAGCAACAGAAUGAGGACACCACUUUAGGAUUUAUUGUCGAAUCGAUCAUAGCUUUUAAUGUUCUCUGUGUAUUAAACAUUGCUGGGUUCAUCCUUUGGAGGUAAUGACCUUGAACAUUUUGUAUUAGGAUAAUAGGCACAUAUUUUAAUUAAUUGGUAGUAGAAUUAACUCUUUUUUAAAAAUAAUGAUUAUUUACACUUCAAAGAUAUUUACAUAAUUCAGCUUAAUUAUGCUGAUGGCUGUGAUAUUAUAAUUGUAGACCCCAUUUUGAAAAUAUGCAGUAGGCAGUAUUUUGUUAACCAAAAAUGUAUUCUCUAUCCCAAAUAGAGGGCAUGCAGCUUUCAAGAAAUCGAAACACAACCCUGAGUUAAAAAGGGAUCAAAGAUUGUCACACUUUGACCAAAUGAAUUUGAAUGAAAUUGAGAACAAUUACUCUGGUAACUAGUAAUUGAUGUUAUUCAACAUUUGAAUCAUUUAAAUUUAAUAUUAUUAACAUAUAUUAAAUGCGUAAGUGAAGCCUCCGUGCAUUUUUUACAAAACAACAGAGCAUGGAGACUUAUAUAUUUUUGUUUAUAGUUGGAUCCAAAUUAGUGCAGGGUAACUUAAUUUUCUUAACCUUUUAAUUUUAUGCUACUUAAGUACAUUUUAAAAUAUUUAAAAAAUAACCCAGUUACUUAUGUCACGCUUUCUUACUGCAAGUAUGAAUUUAAAAUGUGGAUAUCUUUAUACCUAACCCUUUUAAAGAAUAAUAUUUAUUUCUGAUCGCUGGUUUUAAUUCAGAUAAGGUGUCAAGUAUGUUUCAAUGAUCAAAUUAGUAUCCUUAAAUUUUAAGAGUCCAAUCAUCAAGAGAACAACACAAUUCUCUCAAGAACUGAUGAGAUUUACAUCAAUGAAGGAAUAUCCAACAAUGUUCAAAUAACAAUGAUUGCAGUAAAAGACCUGAACACGUUUAUGCAAUCUCAUGACAAGAACUUUUUUGACCAGCAAUUUAGGGUAAUCCUUUUUAAAUGAGUACAUUGAUUUGUUUAUUUCAUUUUAGCUUAUUAAGAGCAUUCUAAUUGAAUAGUUAGCUAAAAGAGGUUAUAACACUUAAGUAUUGAACAUUAAUACAAAGAAGACAAAUCUAUAUUUAAUUUUUAAAGAAUUCUUAAAAACUAUAACUUUUGCAUUUAAUAUGUGUGUAGUCAUUCAAAUACUCAAAAAAAGUGAACAAAAACUGGAAAGACAAAGCAUAAAUUAUUAUCAUUUGGGUUGCUUUUACUGGGUCAAUAUCAGAUAGGUAGAGCAAAUCUACCCGAUGGCCUAUAUAAACAAAAUAAUAUUGUUUUAAAAUAACAAAAAAAUACACAAUUUUCCUCAGAGUUAAAAAGAAUUAAUUUUCUCUAUUGUUACUACAUAAAUUUUUUUAUAUUGAUUUUUUGCAGAGUAUUCCAGCCCCUCAUAAUGUUACAACAGAGGUUGGGCAAAAUUCAUCAAACAAACAUAAAAAUCGUUAUAAGAAUAUUUGCGCAUGUAGGUAUAUUUAUAAACUCUAGGACUAUGAUAGAAUAUAGAUAUUUUAACAUCAUAGCUUUAUAGCUAAUGCAAUGGACUUACUUUUCCUCUCUGCUUUCCCUUUUUGCCUUUAUUUAAUCUCUCACCUACUUAUGUUCUAAUACAGUCCUCUUGCUGUCCACUCGUACACUACAUUUCAGCUAAGUGUUUUUUUUUUUUUUUGGUUUUUUUCUGUUUUUACUUUUUUUUGUUUGCUGUUGAAGGGUUCUUGCCGACUCGUUUGUUGCUUUUCCCGUUUUUUUUUUUUUUCUGCUUUUCCCUACUUUUUUUAUUUUGGUUAUUUUUUUUUUUUUUUUUUUGGUUUAUUUCUGUCUUUACUGUUGUUUGAUUGCUGAUGAAGGGUACUUGCCGACUCGUUCGUUGCUUUUCACGUUUUUUUUCUUUUUCAGGCUUUCCCAACUUUUAUUUCGUUCAUUUCCAUAUGUGUAUGCUUCUAAUUUACAUAAUAUGCAGAUAAUAAAAAAAUAGAUCAAUCUAUUUUUUGAAAAAAAAAUAUUUUUAAAUGCAAUGUCUGUUAACAAAGUUAUUGGAACGAAAUUUCAUUAGGUCAAACCUAAAAUCAUAGGAAAAUAAAAGUGAUUCGAUGCCUCCUAAGGGUCUCAGUGUACAGACUAAACAAGCAAACGCACACAUCUCGUGCUUGGACUUGAAUUUGCUUAUCCUUUAUACGCGGCCUCACAAUCUUUGAAUACAUUAAAAAAUAAAUAAUGAUCUGGUAUUAUUUUUGUACGGUAGUGUAAUGGUAUUAUUAAAUCAAUAUCUUUUAAGCUUGCGUCCGUGAACAAGUUCAUUUUCUCACGUAAUUUAAAAGAAAAAUCUCAGACUACAUUACACAUACUAAUAUAAGCAUGAGGAAAAAAAAAACAAAUGAACUUUUUUUUAAAAGGUGUGAAGGUAACAGACGAUUUCAAGAAAUUGUUUUUUCUUUUAAGUACAUUUGUAUAAGAUUUUUUUCCUUUAAAUGAAAAAAACAAUAAUAAUAUUUAAUUUUUUUUUCAUUAACAAUCUUAAAUCUGAUUUUUAGAUGAUCAUUCCCGUGUCCGUUUGGAAAUAAAUACAUUAAAGAAUGAAGAAGACUAUAUCAAUGCUUGUUACAUUGAGGUAGCACUUGUUUUCAAUUAUAAAAAAAAAAAAAUCAUUUAGCUCAACACGUAUCUUUGUAAUAGAAAAAUAAUUUAUUAUUUGUAUUGACGCAAACUUUCACGAAUGAUUUUUUUCCCCUUAAUAAGUCUAAUGCUUUUAAUACAGUAACAUUAAUGCGUGAAGUAUACUAUAUGCUUCCUGUGAGAACAUUUUAUUUACAAGUGAACAAUGUCUUAAAAAACCAUAGUACAUUCAUGGGCGCCCGCAGGUAGGGGCAAGGGGGGCACUUGCCCCCCCCCCUGGAUUGAUUGGAUAAAAAAUUUUUAGACAAAAAUAGACAAAAAAUGUAUUAAAGUAAAGAGAAAAUAAAGAGAAAGUAACUAAGUCCUGUCCGUUCGUUCACCAUACAAAAACGCUACAGCAAAUUAAAACUAUAUUAAAACAUUACUAAAUUUUUUUUUGCCCCCCCCCUGGAAAGUUAAUGUAUUUCCCNCCCAUGAGUACAUUUAUUAAUUAGAUACAGGAGAGCUUCAUGAAAUAUAAACUAAUAAAGAAAGCAAUGAAAAAGAAAUCUAAGAAUAUUCUGCCCUUUUAAAUAAUAUAAACUUUUAGUAUAGAAAGAAUAAUAUAUGUAAGCUAAUAAGUAUAAAAUAUAAUCAAUUAAUUGUUAUUAGGUAUAUAAAAUUACAUAGUGCCUAUAUUUGAACAGGCCUAUAAAUUUAAUUGUUUCUUAAUUACCAUAAAACUUAUUUCUCUUAAGGGAUUCAACAAACAUGAGAAAUUCAUUGCCUCUCAGGGUAAGUAUAUACUUUUGAUACAUUGCUUCUUAAAUGAAGUAAAACAUUUAUUAAAAUUAUUUUUUUUUUCAAUUUAAACGGGCUCUUUUAUUUUCUUAUUUUGGCUUUUUUUUCUUUUUUUUUUUUUUUGGCAGGACCUAAUAAAAUCAUACUCAAUGAUUUUGUCAGAAUGCUGUGGGAACAACAAGUUGAUAAAGUUGUGAUGUUGACAAACCUAAUUGAAGAAGGAACGGUAAGCUUAAUAGCCAUUCUCGAAUUUACUUCUUGUUAUUUCUAAAAAGUAUCAAAUUUAUUAUUUUACAAAGAAAAAAUGAACAUAAAAUAAUCAUAUUUUGUUUUGAAUCUUGAAAUUAAAGAUAACAAUUUUUUUAAAGGUUAAAUGCGAACAGUACUGGCUAGACGAUAGCUCUGUCCAAUGUGGUGAAAUUCAAGUGAGAAUGAUUGCAGUACAAACUUUUGCAGACUGUGUGAUAAGAUUUCUUGAACUUUCAAAGGUUAGAUUUUAUUCAAAUGCUUAUAAUAUUUUAAUUUACUAUUUACACAUUCGUAGUUUGGAAUUUUUACCAUAUCUCUCUUAAAUCCUUAUUCGCUAGUAAAAAAUAUUUAAAAAAAAAACUACACUUUUUACAAUACAUGCUCAGUAAUUAAAGAUAAUAAAAUCCAUUGCUUUUGCACAUAAAUUAUGCGAUUAUUCAAUUAUUUUUCUUAAUGAAAUUUAAAAAUAAAAUUAUUUUCACCUUUAAAAAAAAAUUGAAUCAUGUUAUGAAGAAGCAAAUAAUAUUAUGUCAAUUUAUUUUACUCUAGCCCAGAGAAGCUGUUGCAGUUCAAACUUUCACUCAUUUCC